UGUGUUUCUGUUUUGUUCAUUGAAUGGUAACAAAAUGAACGAUAUUUCCGCUGAAAAAGAUUUUGAUUGUGAAUCAACAUCGACAACAUCGUCAUUAUCAAAACCAUUUACAAUAACUAUAACAAAAUUACGUAAUAUUAUAACAUCAUUAGAUCAUAAUCGUUGUUAUAAUGAACAAAAUGUUGAUAAAGAAUUAAAAUAUUUAAUAAAAUUUAUACGUAAAAGAUUUAUUGAAACUAAUCAAAAUGAACGUUUUGUUUAUGUUGUUAAUAAACAUCAUUUUUACAAUGAUUUUGUCAUCAAAUUCGAUAUCGAUUUCUAUCUUAACGGAUCGGAUGAAAAUUUUCUUUCAAUUUUUAAAUCAAUUUUAACCGAUUUUAUUCAAAAAUCAAAUGAUCAUCACGAUGAUGUCGAUGGUGGUGAAGAAGUGGACGGAAAUUUGAAUAUAUUUUUUGAAUUUUCGCUAAAUUCAUUGUAUCGUCUUUGGCAAGAUGUUGUUCAACAACAACAACAACAUCAAAAUAAAAAAAUUGAUGAUAAUCGAAUGGAAAAACAAUUUGAAUGUCGGCUGAAAUGUAUUUCAAUCGGUUCAUUGAUAAACGUAAAUGCAUUUGUAAAUCGUUUGCAAAUUAUGUCAACAAUGAUGGAUAAUCAAAAAUUUAAUUAUAAUCAUCAACAUUAUAAUCAUCACCAAAACAGUAUACAUAAUUGUCCAAGAAUGGAAAUGGAUUUUUAUAAAAAAAUUCUUAUACUUUAUUUUUAUCUAAACAAAAAGAAUAUUUUAUAUCGUUUGGAAAUAAGUUUUUCAUCAAUCAAAUUAAUAAUGAUCGAAUCUUUGAUGGAUCAAUUUUAUCUGGAAUUGAAUGCAGCACCAUUUUUAUUUCGUACAAAAACAAUUCCCACGCCAACAUCAUCAUCAUCAUUGAUGAUCAACAAUCAUCAGAAUUUGAUUAAAAAUCAAUCAAUGACAAAAAUUCGUUACAAUUGGGAACGAAUUAGAAAUCUUGGAACAACAACAACAACUGCUAGUUUCAAUAAUCCUAAUCACCAGAAAAAUUCAAUAACAAAUGAAAAUUAUGAUCCAGAUUUAAUGGGUUAUGCUUGUUCAUAUCGUAUACAAUUAUUAAAAGGAUCAUUAAUAAUGACUAAAAAUAAUAUGAUUAAUGAUUUAAUACGUUUAGGUUAUAUUUGUAAAGAUUUAAAUCGUAAUUUUACAUUUUUAAUAAUUGCUUGUGGUGGUGGUGGUCAACGUGGUGGCAAUAGUAAUAGUAAUGAUAAUAAUGGUAAUAGUAAUGGACAACAACAAAUCAUCCGAUCGAUCAAUAUUGAUUCAAUCAAUACAAAAUAUUCAAUGAAUACAUUAACAAAAAUGAUUGAUAAACAUUUUGCUGAUAAAAAUUAUGCAAUACUUUAUGCAUGUCGUGUAUUAUUUUCAAAAUCAUAUAAAAUUAUUGAUUCAUUAUUAUCGAAAAAUGAAACAAUGAUUAUAUUCGAAAAAAUUGAACAAUUAUUAAAUGAUAAUAUUGAUCCAAUAAUGAUUGAAGAAUGUCUUUAUACAUUAGAUGCUAAAUAUAAAAUGAAUAUGAUUAUUGAUUUAAAAUGGGAAUUUGAAAAAAUUAUACAAUCCUGUAGGCAAAGAUUUGAAAUGAUAAGAAAAAAUAAUGAUUCAAGAUUAAUUAAUCAAUCAUUAUCAUCAUCUACAUCAACAAAUGAUGAUCAUGUUAUGAUGAGAUCGGCUACAAUGACACCAACACGUUUAGAAUUUGGACGACCAAUGCCAUUAUUACGAUCACGUUUUAGUAAUAUUGCUAAUUUAGAUUUUGCCUUACGAUUAACAUUAGCUGAAGAUAAUAAUCGUAAACUUAAUGGUACAUUUAGUGAUACAAAUUUUAUAAAAGCAUCAAUUAAACCAAGAUUAUUAUCCGGUAUUCGUGUUGGUAAUCGUUUUUAUCAAUUUCUUGGUUCAUCAUCAUCACAAAUGCGUGAAAAUGGUAUUGUUUUUUAUGCUUGUGAUGAUCAACAACGUACAGCACAAUCAAUCCGGGCAUUAGUUGGAAAUUUAUCAAAUUUUAAACGUAAAGUUGCAAAAUAUAUUGCACGUUUUGGUUUAGUAUUUUCACAGGCAAUUGCUUAUUAUCAUUAUGGUGAAACAGCUAAAGUAUGUAAAAUGGAUGAUCUAAAAACGGCCGAUAAUGAAUUUUGUUUUUCCGACGGUAUCGGUAUUAUGUCGAAUAAUAUUGCAUCGAAAAUAAUACCAUUAUUACGUUUACCAAAAGGUUAUCUACCAUCAGCAUAUCAAAUUCGUCAUGGUGGUUGUAAAGGAAUGUUAGUCUGUUAUCCAACAGCUAAUCGUGAAGGUAAAGAUGUUAUAUUAUUUCGUGAUUCAAUGAUUAAAUAUGAAUCGGAUGAUGAUUGUCUUGGUAUAUUGAAAUUUUCUGCACCACGUUCAGUAUGGUUAAAUCGUCCAUUGAUUAAUAUACUUGAUCAACAAUGGGUACCUGCAUCAGUAUUUUAUGAAAUAUUUACAGCCAGUACACGACUAAUAAUGAAAGCAUUAUUAUUUGAUAAAGAUGCAUUUAAUCUUGUUAGUGUUUAUCGUAAUUCAAAUCUACCAUAUCAACGUUUAUUUCAUGCUGGAUUUUCAUUCUUACGUGAACCAUUUUUACGACGUAUACUUAAAUAUCUUUUAUUUUACCGGUUAAAUGAAUUGAAAUGUAAAGCAAGAAUUGCUGUACCUGAAACAAAUGGUCGUAUGGCAUUCGGUGUUAUCGAUGAAACACAUCAAUUAAAUUGUGGUGAAAUAUUUUUUCAAUAUUCAAUAUUGGAUACGAAUGGUAAUCCAAUUCCUGGUCGUACGAUUAUUUUAGAAAAUCAAGAAGUAAUGGUAACAAAAUUUCCUUGUUUAUCAUUGGGUGAUGUUAGAAAAUUUCGUGCUGUUAAUGUACCAUCUUUGGUGCAUAUCAAAGAUUGUCUGGUAUUCCCGGCUAAAGGACCACGUCCACAUACCGAUGAAAUGGGUGGUUCAGAUUUGGAUGGUGAUGAAUAUGCAAUAUUUUGGGAAACUGAACUAAUAUUUCCCGGUACGAAUUAUCGUCCAAUGGAUUUUAUUAAUCAUACACCUGAUGAAUUAAAUCAUGAUAUUAAUUUGGAUGAUAUUGUUACAUUUUAUUGUGAUUAUUUAUUGGAAAAUAAUAUUGGACAAGUUGCUAAUUGUCAUCUGAUGUAUUCGGAUUUUCAUCCAAAAGGUUUACGUUCAAUUGAAUGUGAUGAAUUGGCACGUAAAUAUAGUAUAUCAUUAGAUUUUCAAAAAAAUGGUAUCAAUUCACAAUUGGAAAAGUAA